AUGCGACUUCCUACCGCUGUCAAGCUGGCGGUGGGUGCAAGCGCCUUGUGCUCCAUCACGUCGGCCAAGUCGACCGGUUUCAAGUCUAAUUUCUUGAGCUUCUUCAGCACUAAUGACGUCGCUGAUGAGAACGCCAACAAGGCCGAUCAGUUCAGCAUAGACGACCGGACGUGUGUGUACAAGUGGUAUUCGCUGAGCUGCGAACCGAAAGACAAGUGCUCAACCCAGUACCAGUUCGGCGAUGUUACACCGUCCCAAGCGUGUCGUGUGACCCGUACCGGUGACCACACCAAGAUACCACAACAGUUGCACGUAGCCUUUGCCGGUGAGAAAGCUGGUACCGAAGUUCCAGCUGUGUGGAUUGGAGCAAGCGAAUCCACAAUCGUUCGAGCAAAGACUGCGAAGAUCGUAACGAAAAGUUACUACAAGGAAGACGACUACUCUUUGUAUAAUUACCACGCUGUAGUGACUGAACUGGAGCGAAACACCGAAUACUUCUAUAAGGUGGGCAGCUCUACCAAUACAAAGGCUCAAAGUGCUGUAAGCUCGUUCAAGACGGCUCGUUCCAGUGGAGACGAAAGCCCAUUUGUCGUGGCCGUGUAUGGAGACAUGGGCACGGACGCGAACGCUGUUGCAGCAAACAAAUACAUCAACAACUUGGCAGGAAAGGUCGAUUUUAUCUUCCAUUUGGGCGAUAUUUCGUACGCCGACAACGAUUUCGUGACUGUAGCGACUAUAUUCGGCUUCUUUUACGAAGAGAUCUGGAACAAGUUCAUGAACUCGAUGACACAUGUCAUGCGUCAAAUGGCGUACAUGGUGGUAGUUGGUAACCACGAAGCUGAAUGUCACUCUCCGACGUGCCUGGAAUCGACCAUCAAAAAGGACCAAUUGGGCAACUACUCCGCCUUCAAUGCACGCUUCCGGAUGCCCUCACCCGAGAGCGGUGGCGUACUUAACAUGUGGUACUCGUUCGAGUACGCGUCGGUGCACUUCACGGCCAUCUCGACUGAAACCGACUACCCGAAUGCACCAACCAACGCAUACUACACGAAACGCAUUUACGGUAACUUUGGAAACCAGUUAGACUGGCUAGAAGCCGAUCUGAAGGCUGCUCAUGCCAAUAGGGCGAUCGUGCCAUGGGUUGUUGUUUGCAUGCACCGUCCAAUAUACAGCUUGCGUACGUUUAAUGCUAAUGGUGAACCCGAAGAAGACGGGUCGAUUGAAGUGCAAAAGGCGUUUGAGGAGCUUCUGAUCAAAUAUGAGGUGGAUCUGGUGUAUCAGGGCCACGUGCACGCCUAUGAGCGACACUUCCCGACAGCAAACAGCAAGGCCGUCAUGACUGGAGUAUCUAAGGACAGAAAAACGUACACCGACCCGGAGGCUCCCGUGUAUGUAAUUACGGGUAGCGCUGGUAAUUCGGAACGCCUGUUCCAGUUCAGAGACCCUCCGUCUCCAGAGUGGCUCGCUCACAUGGACUGCACUCACUACGGCAUUACGAAACUUUCCGUUACUCCAACGAAUCUUACAGUUACGAUGGUCGAAGCUGCCACGGAUACGGUGUACGACGAGUUCUCCGUUAUAAAGACACACAAACAGGAACAGCGUAACAACUAA